CAACUCUUGCUCGCCCACGCCAUUGAACAUCAAAGCAGCAACAGCAGCUCAGCUCAGCUCAUCUGUCAAGUGCAGAUGGCCAAAUGCAACAGGAUCCGCGACAUCGUCUGGCUCAGGCAGACGCUGCGGCAGUGGCGGUCACGCGCCGCGGCCCGAGCGGCGGCGGUGGUGCCGGCGGGCCACGUGGCCGUGUGCGUGGGCGGCGCGUCGCGGCGGUUCGUGGUGCGGGCGACGGACCUGAACCACCCCGUGUUCCGGGAGCUGCUGAGGCAGGCGGAGGAGGAGUUUGGCUUCCCGUCGUCACCAGGUCCCGUCGCGCUUCCAUGCUGCGACGAGGACCGCUUCCUGGACGUCCUCCGACGCGUCUCCUCCGACGACGAACGCUUCAUCCGCCGUUCGUUCGGCUGCCGCGUGCCCCGCGACGCCGCCGCGCGGCCGUUGCUCCAGGGGAAACUCGUAUGGUGACGGACCGAUCUAUCGAUCCCAUGCACGCAAGCCGUUAGCCGCCCGUGGUGGUUUGAUUCCGGCAGCGGCAGCGGCUGUUCUUCCGGACGCGGGCAAAGGCGUAAUCAUCUGGCCGCGCCCGACGCAGACCGGCGUGCACAGCAAGCAGCACGAAACAUCGAAGUGAAAGGCGGGCUCCAGCGGUCCAGCCUCGACUACCAAGCUGGUUAAUGGCGGCGCCCACAACUGUGAAUCGGCGCUCGAGCGCAACUAAAGGCAAGUCGGCUGUAGUGUUUGAGUGCGCAGAUAGAAGAAUAGAAGAUUGUGGCAAUUGAUUGAAGUAAAUUAUGAUUAUUGAAUCAGUAUUGGGAUAUUGGCAGAACAACUCGCCUGGGACAAAGAAUUGUUAAACCGCGUUAUAGAUUCACUUGUUCCUCG